AUGCAGCCAAAGCUUUAUCCUAUACAAAUUGAGAGCCAAAAUCAAUUUCUCUCGAAGAGAACUGAGAAGGAGCAAAAAUGGCAUAUUGUUAGCAAGAAAUGGGCACUACGGGAGGCAAAUCUUGGUAGCUUCUCCGGGUGUCAAGAAUCGGUUUUGUUUUCUUUUCCAGAUCCUUCCUAUGCUCUGCCAUUUCUACCAAAACCAGCAUUAUCACGUGUCUUUGUUGAUUCCGAGGAUGUUAUUGAAGUCGUAUUAGGAGUAUCAGUUCCCGCCACAAUUUCGAUAUCAACAGAAUGCUACGGUUGGAUAUAUCGCUGUCGCCCUCGCCGUCCACGUCCAAUCGCCGGUAAUCCAAUUCCCACGAGAGAGUUGAGGCGAGAAGGAGUAGGAAGAUUUUGA